CUUGCGUAUAUCACCCUACAACGAGCGAGGCGAGAUUGCUCUUGCCCCGGUGUCUCAUUCUCAUACGAGAUGUCUUCCUUCUUCACCGUUCCUGCCUCACAGAGGAAACGUAAGCGGCCGACAGAGACCCCAGGCAAGCCUAGAAAAAGACGGGAGGCGGACGGAACUGAGGCGCGAGACGGACGGGUGCAGCGGUCUCAGCGCAACGAACCACGUCCUCGAGAGACAGAAAGGGACGAGUCGAUCUCCGGAAGCGAUUCGGAAGAGGAGAUAGAGCCUGAGACUGGCGAUGAGUCUGAAGCCACGUCUGAAGAAGGCGAGACGGCCGCGGAGCGAAGAGUACGACUUGCGCAACGCUACCUUGACAACAUCAGACAUGAGGUAGACGAGGUCGGCUUUGACGCGGAAGAUCUUGAUAAAGACUUGAUCGCACAGAGACUAAAGGAGGAUGCGGACGAGGCAAAGGGCCGGCAGUUCAGACAAAUUGCCACAAAUCUGGACUUUACCAACGCCACACACAGCACGUUCAAAGCUGAUACACAGAGCACGACUGGCGUCGCUGUUUGCCAACCUUAUGCAUACACUGUGAGCAGGGACAAAACUUUGAUAAAAUGGCAAUUACAAAAACCAGCGAUCGGUGGGGACGACGCCACAGCACCGAGACGACGACGCCCGAAGCAGCUCAAGUAUGUACGAGGCAUCCAGAUAAGAGCAUUGGCACCUCAGCAACAUGGACACACCGGAGCAAUCCUGAGCGUGGCAGCCUCGCCAGACGGGAAAUAUGUGGCUACCGGAGGAGCGGACAAGAAGCUCAUCGUCUGGUCCGCCGAAGAUCUACGGCCUUUGAAGACUUUCACAACACAUAGAGAUGGAGUUACCGGUCUGGCUUUUGCGCCCUCUUCGAAUACGGAGUCCGGAUUUGGGGCACAACUUUUCAGCGCAAGUAUGGACCGGUCUCUGAAAACGUACAGCCUUGCUGGAGAGGACAGUCUAGCAUAUGUUGAGACUCUCUUUGGUCAUCAAGAUCACAUUGUAGGUAUCUCCCCGGUGUCAGUGGACCAAUGUGUGACAGUUGGUGCUCGAGACCGGAAAGCGCUGUGGUGGAAGGUGGUGGAGGAGUCCCUCACCAGGUUCUUGGGCGACAGUUCAAGAAAUGACGAAUACCAGACGGGCAGUCUAGAUUGUGUGGCAGCCCUCCCGCCAAACAGUUUUGUCACUGGGUCGGACUCUGGAACAAUCAGCCUAUGGAGUGUCCACAAGAAGAAGGCGAUGUUCACAAUACAGACAGCCCACGGCGUGGACGAACCACCCCCACUCGAAGAGGUGACAUCUGAAUCGGACCCAAGAGUAAUCGAGGAAUUGAAGAAGGACGACUAUCGAAAGCCAGUGCCUCGAGCUAUCACGUCUCUGGCUGCCGUGCCUGGGACAGAUAUCGUCCUGAGUGGCAGUUGGGAUGGGUGGAUCCGAGUAUGGAAGCUUAGUGACGACAAGAGGUCGUUGCUACCGUUCGGAACGGUCGGAAAGAUUGAUGAGGAUGACAGUGACAGUAAAGGGCAAGAGGAAGCAGAGUCGACACCUUCGAGCACGUCGUCAGGGCCAGCAGUUUCUGCAGGCAUCGAUGUGCCGACAGGGGUUGUUAACGGCUUCAUCAACUCCUUAGCUGUCUUUGAAAGGAGGAAAGAGAUUACAAGCGAAUUUGGCGGCAAGAAAGAGGGUGAAUGUCAAGGUAUCUGCAUUGUGGCAGGUACAGGAAAAGAAAUGCGGCUCGGCAGGUGGAUGAAGCUGCCCCGUGGAAAGAAUGGCGCGAUGGUGUUCGAGGUGCCACUUCGCAGGAAGGAUUAAGACCGUAUGCCUGUAACCUACAAGAGUACAUGUCGGUACCGAGUAGACGAGUGUCAAUGAUCAAGCCGAGUCUAUGUUGAGCAAGA